CGACUAAUGUAGCACUCCGUUUCCGGAAGUAAACAAAUCCACGUUUUCUGAAAUGGUGCAGACCAUUGUAACACAGAUUGAUGACCUAGAAAUAAAGAUCAAAGACUGUGAUUCAAGGUUGCAGACCAUUGAUGAUACUCUACGGCUGAAGGAACUCUCGGAGACUGAAAGACAGUCUUUAUGGGAGGAGGAGAAACAGAUUAAACAGAAGCUCUCCUCAUUUGAGACUGAUUUGAAGGAGCUGCGCAAAGAGAACAGGAAGACGAUGCUGGUGUCUGUGUGUCUGCUGGGCAUUGUGUAUCUAAUAUAUUAUUUUCUCUGGUAAAUGUAUUUUAUAAUUCACAUGUCUUUCAUGUAUUUCAACUAUGCAAUAUCAUUCAUUAACUGUAUGUGAAUAUUUACAUGUAUUACUAGACAAGGAAUGACAUAAAACCAAUGAUUUGAUAAAAGUAUGAUGACAAAA